AGGGAAGACGAUGACCGGGAAAAUUUGUCAUUGAAAACGUAACACCAUUGAAAGCAGCAGGGCUGAACAUGCUUCAGUUUCAUCAACAGAUUAAACGUCUCCUUUAUUUUUUCAGUGAUUCUCAGAAUGGCUGAAUAGGAGGUGCAGCCUUUGCUCAUGCGCUCCGAGAGCGACACCGCCGCCAGUAGCUAAGCCGAUAAAGAAAAGGAAAAUUGGCCUAAAUAUAUCCUUGCUAUUCUUUGCUUGUGUUGGCGACUCUUAUACGUCAGCAUCAUGUCGAGUGGACAAGAUGAAAGUUCAGUGCGGGUGGCUUUGAGGAUACGUCCACAGCUGGCUCGGGAGAAGAUUGAGGGAUGUCACAUCUGUACUUUUGUGACACCAGGAGAACCACAAGUCAUUCUGGGAAAGGACAAGGCCUUCACAUUCGACUAUGUGUUUGACAUGGACUCCCAGCAGGACGCUGUCUAUGGCAACUGUACUGAGAAGCUCAUAGAAGGCUGUUUUGAGGGCUACAAUGCCACCAUAUUCGCGUAUGGACAGACUGGCUCAGGGAAGACGUACACAAUGGGCACAGGCUUCGACGUGAGCAUUACAGAUGAGGAGUUGGGCAUUAUUCCUCGGGCAGUCAGCCACCUCUUCAGAGGCAUUGAGGAACGCCGAAGAGCUGCCACCGAGCAAGGCCGCCCGGUUCCCGAGUUCAAGAUUAACGCCCAGUUCCUCGAGCUGUAUAAUGAGGAGGUGCUGGACUUGUUUGACACCACCCGAGACAUUGAGGCGAGAAAACAGAAAUCCAAUAUUAAGAUCCAUGAAGAUGCCAACGGUGGGAUCUACACAGUGGGCGUUACUACACGGACAGUCACCUCAGAGGCAGAGAUGAUGCAGUGUCUGAAGCUUGGCGCUCUCUCUCGCACCACUGCCAGCACACAGAUGAAUGUCCAGAGCUCCCGCUCCCAUGCCAUUUUCACCAUCCACCUGUGUCAAGUGCGAGUAUGUGCCCCUGACAAUAACAAUGAGAUGGACAACAGGCUGGCUAAUGGCUCCUCUGACAUGAAUGAGUUUGAAACCCUCACUGCCAAGUUUCAUUUUGUGGACCUGGCUGGCUCUGAGCGCCUCAAGAGAACUGGGGCAACUGGAGAUCGAGCCAAAGAAGGGAUCUCCAUCAAUUGUGGACUGCUCGCCCUGGGAAAUGUGAUCAGUGCUUUGGGAGACAGGAGCAAACGCUCAACACAUGUGCCUUACCGAGACUCCAAGCUCACACGCCUCUUACAGGAUUCCCUGGGUGGAAACAGUCAAACAGUGAUGAUUGCAUGCAUCAGCCCCUCGGACAGAGACUUCAUGGAGACUCUGAACACACUGAAGUAUGCUAACCGCGCACGCAAUAUCAAAAACAAAGUGGUGGUGAACCAGGACAGAGCAAGCCAGCAGAUCAGUGCACUGAGAACUGAAAUUGCACGACUACAGAUGGAACUAAUGGAAUAUAAGACGGGAAAGCGCAUGGUUGGGGAGGAUGGCAUGGAGAGCAUUAAUGACAUGGUCCACGAGAACUCCAUGUUGCAGACAGAGAAUAAUAACCUACGCGUACGUGUGAAAGCAAUGCAGGAGACCAUCGACGCUCAGCGAGUACGGCUCACUCAGCUACUGAGUGACCAGGCCAACCAGGCCCUCGCCAGAGCAGGUGAGGGAAAUGAGGAGAUUGGGAACAUGAUACAGAACUACAUUAAGGAAAUUGAGGAGCUCAGGGCAAAGCUGCUGGAGAGUGAAGCGGUGAAUGAGAACUUGCGUAAGAAUCUUUCUCGCGCCUCCAAUCGCUCCUCCCUCUAUAAUCUACCAGGCUCCUUCUCACCUGCCCUCGCUCCAGAAAAAGGGGCCUCUGACAUUAUUGAGAUUGCCAAAAAGGACCUGGAGAAACUCAAGAAGAAGGAGAGGAAGAAAAAAAAGAGGCUCCAGCAGCUGGAGGAGGGUCAGCAGGAGGAGGCCGAGCACGGCCGUGACAGUGUUAUCAGAGAAGAGGGUCCAGACAAUGAGCAAGACAGAGAAUCCUCUGAACGAACCAAUGAGGAGGCAGAUGCAAAUGCUAGUGAUCAUGAGGAGGGGGAGGAAGCAGAAGGAGAAGAAGAUGAAGAUGAAAUGGAGGCAGAAGAGAGCUCUGAUGAGUCGGACUCUGAGCUGGAUGAGAAAGAGAACUUCCAGGCAGAUUUGGCCAACAUUACCUGUGAGAUUGCCAUAAAGCAGAAGCUGAUUGAUGAGCUGGAGAACAGUCAGCGGCGUCUGCACACACUCAAACAGCAGUACGAACAGAAGCUUAUGAUGCUACAGAGCAAGAUCAGAGACACACAGCUGGAGAGAGACCGUGUGCUGCACAACAUGGGCUCAGUGGAAUCAUGCACUGAAGAGAAGGCAAAAAAAAUCAAGGCAGAGUAUGAGAAGAAGUUGAGCUCCAUGAAUAAGGAGAUGCAGAAGCUGCAGUCGGCUCAGAAGGAACAUGCCCGCCUGCUGAAGAACCAGUCACAGUAUGAGAAACAGCUCAAGAAACUGCAGCAGGAAGUGACAGAGAUGAAGAAGACAAAGGUGGGUCUAAUGAAGCAGAUGAAGGAACAGCAGGAGAGGAACCGUCAGUCAGAGACCAGACGGAAUCGAGAAAUUGCCUCAUUGAAGAAGGACCAGCGCAAGCAGGAGCACCAGCUGAGGCAGCUUGAAGCUCAGAAGAGACAGCAAGAGCUCAUUCUUCGCAGGAGGACAGAGGAGGUGACUGCUCUGAGACGGCAGGUGAGGCCCACAUCAGGGAAGGUGAGCCGUAAAGUGAGUUUACCUGAACCUUUACAUGAGCCCGCUGCACCCCAACGCUCCAGUACAGGACGUGCACACACUGGUGGAGCCAUACCAACUAACGGAACAAGGAAAUACCCAAUGAGAACGGGCGGUGUGUAUUCUACCAGAGUGGCGCGGGCCAAGUGGCAGUCUUUGGAGCGUCGCAUCAGUGACAUUAUAAUGCAGAGGAUGACCAUCUCCAACAUGGAGACCGACAUGAACCGUCUUCUCAAGCAACGAGAGGAGUUGACCAAGCGCAGAGAGAAGGUGUCCAGGAAGAGAGAUAAAAUAGCCACAGAGGGGACUGAUGCUGACAGGACCGUCCUGUCUCUCAACGAGGAGAUGGAGUCACUGACGGCUAAUAUCGACUACAUUAAUGACAGCAUCGCCGACUGCCAAGCCAACAUCAUGCAGAUGGAGGAAGCUAAGGAGGAAGGUGACACAGUUGAUGUCUCUGCUGUCAUCAGCUCAUGCACCCUGUCAGAAGCCCGCUUUCUUCUGGACCACUUCCUGAACAUGGCCAUCAGCAAGGGCUUGCAGGCAGCGCAGAAAGAGUCUCAGAUCAAAGUGAUGGAGGGUCGUCUUAAACAGACGGAGAUCAACAGCGCCACGCAGAAUCAGCUGCUCUUCCACAUGCUAAAGGAGAAAGCUGAGCUCAACCCUGAACUGGAUGCUCUACUAGGGAAUGCACUACAAGAACUAAGUAAUGUUCCAGUGGAAAAUGGAGAUGAGAGCAGCAGUGAUGAGUCAGCUCAGAGCCCAGCCACUGAGGGAAGUACUUUAGCCUCAGAUCUUGUGAAGCUUUGUGGAGAGUCCAGACCCAGGAGUAAGGCCCGCAGAAGAACCACUACACAAAUGGAACUUCUUUAUGCUAACACCACAGAUCCUGAUUCACCCAUGGAGGACUUCACUGUUCCCCUUUUACCUGUGGCUGAAAGCCCUGAAGGUGCAGGGAAUCAGGGGCCUCCUGAGGGCACUCUGGGGAACAGAGAGACAUUACUGCCCCCCUCUGGUCUGGCAAGAGCAAGCGUCCCGUCAGGUUCCAGGUCUCCCACGGCAACGGAAAGGAGGUCUCUGGAUCGUUCACCACUCACUCGCAGGAGAAUGCUGGAGAGAGUCCAGACCCCCACUGAAAAGACCAAACUCUCUGAUACCAAACAAGGGGUGAUAAACCCGGUGCCUUCAUCCAAAGGUAGUCACAUGGCAAAACUGCAGUGUGUCCAUGUGGCAGAGGGCCAUACCAAAGCUCUGCUCUGUGUGGAUUCCACAGAUGACCUGCUAUUCACUGGCUCAAAGGAUCGUACAUGUAAGGUAUGGAACCUGGUGACAGGACAGGAGAUCAUGUCUCUGGGAGAUCACCCCAGUAGUGUGGUUUCUGUCAGGUACUCCUCCAGCUUGGUCUUCACUGCCUCCACGGCUUAUAUCAAAGUCUGGGACAUUCGUGACUCAGCCAAGUGUAUUCGCACACUCACGUCCUCAGGCCAGGUGACUCCAGAUGAUGUCUUUGCUGCCGUCGGCAACAAAGCAGUUGCUAUUCCUCCUGGUGAGAACCAGAUCAACCAGAUUGCCCUCAGUCCCUCUGGAACUUUCCUGUAUGCUGCAGCAGGGAACUCAGUCAGGAUGUGGGAUUUGAGAAGGUUUGCAUCUACUGGGAAAUUGACAGGGCACUUGGGUCCUGUUUUGUGUCUCACAGUGGACCAGGCAGGGAGCAGUCAGGAUACAGUCAUCACUGGCUCCAAGGACUGUAAUAUUAAGAUGUUUGAUGUUAUGGAGGGGGCCCAGGGCAGUGUCACACCCUCCUACAACUUUGAGCCUCCUCAUCAGGAUGCUGUGGAGUCUCUGAUUGUACAGGCAGACGCACUUUACAGCAGUGCACGGGACCACUGCAUCAAGAAAUGGGAUCUCUCCAGCAAACAACUACAGCAGGUGAUGAAUGCACACACAGACUGGGUGAGUGCUCUGGCCAUAGUGCCAGGCUGUAGUGCAGUGGUAAGUGGCUGUAGGGGAGGACUGCUCAAGUUCUGGCAUGCAGACACAUUGAGACCCCUGGGAGAACUGAGAGGUCAUGACAGCCCCGUCAACAGCAUCUCCACCAACAGCAGCCAUCUCUUCACUGCCUCAGAGGACCGGACAGUGAGGAUCUGGCAGGUUAACGGUUCUCUUGAGGAUGGUAUACUGUGACCUGCAGCUAGGUUCUGUUAUGGACCUAAUCUGUGAGCUGGAAGAGUCUACCACAGCUCAGAGCUGACAGCAGUGGCCAUCAGAUUGAACUGUUUUUCCACCAAUCCAACAUAGAAGCAACUCAGCUCCGAGCCUCUGGCCUACUUUGUUCGAUGCUGUUCUCUUCUUACAACUUAUCAGUGUCGUGGCUUCAUUUGCGAUGAGAGUCCUGCAGUGAAUUGCACAUCGAGUCUACCGUGUGACUCUGUUUUGUUUUGGGGUUUUUUUUGGCGGAUGGUUCCCAUGGUGAAUGGCAUACCUCUGUUUCAGCCACGCUGAAGUGCUCUCUACAUGUUAGACCCAGUAGUCUUACUGCAGCUGCUAUGGCUGACAGCAGUAGGAUAUGCAUAUGGUUUCUAAGUGCUUUGUCUGAAUGGAGUGGUAGUUUGGGUUCCUGUGAUAUGGACUGUAACUUCUAUAGUUAUUGUCCCCGCUGCUGCUGACCUGAGUGUAAAGUACAGUGUUACAGUCCAGCGUGACCGUAUGAGUUCAAGUCUUCUGACCUAGAUCCACAUGCUCUUAACUUAUUAAUCCAUUGUUUUCAGUUCUACUUCUUUUAAAUUGUUUUAUGACCAAAGUGCAACACCUUGUUUCCAUAUCCCGAAUGGCAGCUUUGUACAUCAUUGGAAAAGGAAUCACUGUAUUAGUCAUAUCAGUGUGUGUCCACAGUGGUCUAACCUGUACUGACCACCUAUUAUCUUAAUGGGCAUGUCAUGUUAUUAGUUUCAGAUCUAACUUCAUGUCAUCUGUUGUGUGGUGUGUGAUAUGUGAGUGUGAUUGUGUCUGAAAAAUUAAAAGGUUACAUCCAAUAAAAUCCACCUCUUUCAGAUAGCUGUAGUGCAUCAUAAGUGGAACCUUUCAUUCUUUGUCACAUGAAUGGAGAAUUAUGACCUGUGCCUGUUGUUUUCAGUGCAGAGUGAUUAUCCAUCAAAAUUCUGUUUUCUGUCUCAGGUUUUUAGUUUGUUCAGAGUUCUAAAUAAAAUGCAAAUAUCAAUUGUUUUUCUCUCCUGACAACCUUGUGCACUCAGAUGUAAACCUUUACGGUAGGCUGUUUCAAUGUCAGAAUGCUGGAUUAAAUAAAUAUCA